AUGGCGUACAACCCGCGAAUGUCGAUAAUCCCGGCGUCGCAAACGCAGUCGCGCACGCGUAAGAAGGAGGAGGAGGCCGAUGCAUUCAUGCGUCUCCCGGAUAGAGAGAUUGUCGGUUGCAUAACAGAUAUCGGCAUCCCGUUUACUGUUGCCGACUUGCAGAAACCCAACCCCCUCCAGGUGCAGAUGAUCUUCGAGUGGUUCGCCGAGCUCCUGCUCAAUGCGACCCGCGAGACCGUCGAACCCGCUAUGCGCGCCGCCGCCGAGGACGUGUGCGGCGAGUUCAUCGACAUCGUGCCCCCCGACACGCGCAACCUCAUGGGCUUCUACGUAUCCCUACGCAGGCUAUUGCUCGAGUGCGGCAUCACCGACUUCAGUUUUAGUGACCUGUACAAGCCGACGCACCCGCGGCUCGUCAAAAUCUUCAGCUACCUCAUCAACUUCGUCCGAUUCCGCGAGAGCCAAACAAAUGUCAUCGACGAGCACUUUAACAAGGCAGAGCAGACCAAGACGCGGAUCGAGACGCUGUACGGAGAGAACCAGGACAUGGAAGCCAGGCUAGAUGAGAUGCGGCACAACCGGAAGGCGAUGGAAGCUCAGGUGCGCGAGAAGACAGAGCGCAACGAGGAGCUGAAGAAGACACUGCUGGAGCUACGUCGGAACCAGGAGAAGGUCGCCGUCCGGCUAGAGGAAGCCAAGGCAAAGAAGGGGGAACUGGCGCAGAGGCUCGAGCAGAAAACGACCGAGAAGAUGCUGCUCAAGCAGGAGAGCGCCAAGCUCCGCCCGUACACCCUGCAGAGCCCCCAAGCGCUGCAGACAAGCCUCGCGGAAUUGAGCAAUACUCUCAACACAGAUAAGAUGCACAUCGAUUCCCUCGACCGUCGGGCCAGAGCGCUCCAGACAUCGACCGACUCGUUUGGCGUCGUAUCGACGGACGUCGCAUCGUGCAUCAAGCUACUGGACGAGAUCUCGACUGAGUUAUCUAAGGAGGAGGAGGAGAGCGCUAGGAUCGCGAAGCAGCGGGAUGCUCUGUCGGAACGUGGGAACAACGUCCGCGAGGUGGAAAGGACGGAGGCGCUGCUACAGAGGCAGCUGAGCAAAUGGAACGAGCGCACGGAGAAGCUGCGCGACCAGAGCCGGGAGAAGGCCCAGGAGGCUAAGGAAAAGAUGGAGGAGCUCCGGGCGCUACACAAGAAACUCACAGAAGAGCGUGCGGCAAAGGGCACCGAAAUUGAGAGACGUAGAGUUCGCAUAGAGCAGACGGAGAAAAAGAUGCUGGAUCUUAAAGAGAACAUUGAGAACGAGGUUCACAGCGCGUACGACGAGUAUCUCAAGAUGGAGUCGCAUAUCAAAUUAUACAUCACGGAGAUGGAGCAGGCCAUCUAA